GGGUCAUUUCUUAAUAUGUAUCCUGACCACACCGUAACGGCAACUACUUCUACUGCUAGUCUACUGCGGUUUCGAAAGUCACAAUUAGAGAGGGCAAAAAAAAAAAAAAAAAAAAGCGGCAUAGACAAUGGCGUUAGCGGGUCUUUACAGAAGAAUUCUUCCCUCUCCUCCUGCAAUCGAGUUCCCUUCUCCGGAAGGAAAGCAACUGUUCACGGAAGCUUUAGCAGGAGGAACUGCGGAAGGAUUUUUCAAACUGAUAUCAUACUACCAAACGCAAUCGGAGCCUGCGUAUUGCGGACUUGCCACCCUCGCCAUGGGCCUUGGAGAUGGUUCGAUGAUUCGAUGUUAGAUUGCUGCGAGCCUCUGGAGAAAAUCAAGAGUCAAGGCGUCACUUUUGGGAAAGUCGCUUGUUUGGCUGUUUGCAAUGGUGCUCAAGUUGAACCUUUCAGGACCGAUCAAUCUAGUCUUGACGACUUUCGGAAACGCGUGAUUUCGUGUACUUCUUCCGAGGAUUGCCAUUUGAUUGUCUCAUAUAACAGAGCAGUUUUCAAGCAGACAGGAACCGGUCAUUUUUCGCCAAUAGGGGGUUACCAUGCCGGAAAGGAUAUGGUUCUGAUUUUGGAUGUUGCUAGAUUCAAAUAUCCUCCUCAUUGGGUUCCUCUUUCGCUUCUUUGGGACGCUAUGAAUACUAUCGACAAAGACACCGGACAUCACAGAGGGUUCAUGGUUAUUUCAAGGCUUCAGAAAGCAACAUCUGUUCUUUACACUGUGAGCUGUAGACAUGAGGGUUGGAACGCAGUUGCUAAGUACUUGACAGAAGAUGUUCCCCUUCUGUUCACUUCCAAGAAUCUAAAUGAUGUUGAUGAUGUAUUAUGUGUUGUAUUUAGAUUAGCACCUUCCAAUUUGCGAGAUUUUAUCCAGUGGGUUGCAGAGGUUCGGAGACAGGAUGAUGGCGGUACCGUAUUGAGUGAAGAGGAGAAAGGAAGGCUUGCACUCAAGGAAGAAGUAUUAAAACAAAUACGAGAGACUGAACUAUUCAAACAUGUGACGAGAUAUUUGGCAUUUGAGAGCUCGUUGUGUAAAAAUUUGGCACCUUCAGGUUACAAAGAUGGGUUAGCUGACAUUGCUGCAAAUGUUUGUUGUCAAGGAGCAAAACUUCUAACUGGGAAAAUCAGGUCAGCAAAUGGAUUGUGUUGUAAAGAUAUGAUUGUAAAACUUCUAAAAGCUGAGAGUAAGGAAGCUGUCACAGUGGUUUCAGGCACAGUAAUCACUGAUGGCACUGAACAAAUGGUUGAUAUGCUGAUCCCAUCAUCUCAAACAGAGCCCAGUUGUUUUUGUGAUUUUGACCAAAAUAGUUGUUGUGGUAUACAUCCAUCAAUAGGGGAUGGUCUGACGGUACUUCUUUUCUCCCUGCCUCAAGAUACCUGGCUGGGCCUUAAAGAGGAGAAGCUACAGGCAGAGAUGAAGGGCCUUACAUCCGUUGACAGUCUGCCAACUUUGCUCCAAGAGGAGGUAAUGUCUGGUUCCUUUUUUUUAAUGAAAUUCUUAGUAUUUCCUUUUAGGCAUAGACUUUAUCGGUUUUUCUUUAAUCAUUUUCCAAUGGAGUUAAUUACAUUUUGGUAUCUCAACUUUGAGAAAAUAUACAAAUUGAUACCUAAAGAUAUAAAAUAUACCAGUUGCACCUAAACUUUCAAAUUAUGUAUCAUGUUAAUCUAAAUUCUAAUAUCGCAAAUCAUAUUAGCUUGUAUAUGUGAUGUUUGACAAAUAUGAUCAAGUUAUGUGUUCAUCACAUAUAUUAUCAAUAUUUUUCAAUAUAAAUUAAAAAUAUAUUUUUUAUCUGAACCAUAAAAAUAUUUGUUAAGGAUUGGUCAAUUAUUGUUUGUCACAUGACAUUCACAUAAUAUCUACGGAGAUUUUACAAAAUAUUUAACACUUCUUUUUUACAAAUGAUAAGCAUAUAACAAAAUUAUAUUGAUUAGAUAUCAUAUAAGCACGUUAACAGUAUUAGAAUUUGGAUUAAAAUGAUAUAUUAGAAUUUGUCCAUCUUAGGGGGUCAAAUAAGAGACAUCAAAGUUAUGAACCACGUACUAAGUGGUGGAACUUGAAAGGGGACAAAAUGACAGCGUUUAGGGAUAGAUUAGUAAAAGAAUUUGAUUAGAAUACCAAUGAGGAUGUAGAAGUAAUGUGGGAAAAUGUUGCAGUUGAAAUUUAAAGGGUUGCUAAAAAGACACUUGGGGAAUCUAAGGGUAAGGCACAUUAGGAAAAGAAUUUUGGUGGUGGAACGAGGAUGUGAAAAAGGCAAUUAAAGCUAGGGGGGAGUGUUAUAAAAAUUUAUGAAAUAAUAGGGUUGAGUAGAGUUAUUGGAAGUAUAAGACAACAAAAAAACAAACCAAGAAGGUUAUUCAAGACUCAAAGAGUAAGAUCCAUGAGGUGUUAUAUAGAAAACUAGAGACAAGAGUUGGAGAAAAUGCAUUGUUCAAAAUUGCUAAGAAAAGGGAUAAGAAGAGUAGAGAUCUUAAUUGCAUUAGAUGCAUCAAAGGCAAGGACAGAGGAGUUUUAGUGAAGGAUGAGGAGAUUAAAAGAAGAUGGAGAGAUUAUUUUAAUAAUCUCUUUAAUAACAGUUUUAAGCAUGAUAUAGGUGGGUUGUACAUACCUUCACAGAAUGUAAAUUGUGUGUUUAAGCGUAAUAUUAAAAGCUAUGAAGUUAAAAAGGCUUUGAGAAUGAUGAGAGUAAAGAAAGCUGUAGGACCCGAUGAUAUCUUGAUCGAAGUCUGAAAAUGCUUGGGUGAAAUGGGGAUAAGAUGGUUGACGGAUCUUUUCAACAAAAUUUGGCAUACCCAAAAGAUGCCAAAAGAAUAAAAAAAGAGCACUCUUGUGCCUUUUUACAAAAUAAAGGUGAUGUACAAUAUUGUGUGAACUAUCGAGGAAUAAAACUUACAAGUCAGACUAUUUGGAAUAGAGUAAUUGAAUUUAGGUUAUGAUGUGAGAUCAUUAAUUUCGAAAACUAAUUUGAGUUUAUGCGAGGAUGUUCUACAAUAGAGGCGAUCUACCUUUUGAGGAUUUUAUUAGAGGGUUUUUGGGUGAGAAAUAAAGAUCUACAUAUGGUAUUUAUCAACUUGGAGAGCGUAUACGAUAGAGUUUCUCGAGAAGUGCUUUGGUAGGCCUUAAUGAAAAAAAGAGUACCUUUAAAGUACAUCAACAUAGUUAAAAUGUGAGAAUGGUUGGGGGCAUGACAGAUGGCUUUCUUAUUACCUCAGGAUUACAUUAAGGCCCAGCAUUAAGUCCUUUUCUUUUUGCAUUAGUUAUGGAUGAACUCAUAUCACAUAUUCAAGAUAAAGUGUCAUGCUGUAUGUUGUUUCUCAAUGAUAUAAUCUUAGUUGCUGAAACUUGUGAUGCCCUUAAUACGAAAUUAGAAUUAUGGAGUACAUUGGAGUCUCAAGGUUUUAAAUUAGGUAGAUCUAAAAUUGAAUAUAUGGAAUGCAAAUUUAAUAGUCACAAAGAAGUAAGUAUUAGUGUGAUUAAGUUAGAUGGUGAGGGAGUAUUAAAGAGUAGCCAGUUUUGAUAUUUGGAAUCAAUUAUUCAGAGUGAUACUGAAAUAGAAGCAGAUGUCAAACAUAGGAUUUAAGCAUGAUGGGUGAAGUGACAAAGUGCUUUGGUUUGUGUGAUCGCAACUUGCCUUUAAAGUUAAAAGCGAAAUUGUAUAAAACAACUAUAAGGCUUACAUUAUUAUAUGAAACUGAGUGUUGGGCUGUUAAGAAACAACAUGAAAAGAAAAUGAACAUAGCAGGGAUGAGGAUGCUUAGAUGGACGUGUGGUAAGAUUAGAAGAGAUAAAAUCAUAAAUGAAUAGAUUCAAAGAAAAAUUAAGGGUUAGUUCGAAUUGAAGAAAAGAUGAGAUAAGUUGGUUUGCAAUGGUUUGAACAUGUGAAACGUAGGCCUAGCUGACACCCGUUAAGAGAAUUGAGUCUUUAGAUCUAGCAAAACAUCUAAAGGUAGAUCACGAAAGAUAUAGAUGUAAGUAAUAAAGAACGAUAUGAGGGUUAAAAAAUUAGAUGAAAAGGUGAUUGUUGAUAGAAAUGAGUGGUGCAAGAAGAUUCAAAUUAUAACCUAACUUGAUUCUCUUAUUUGGUUUUUUAUAUGGUCGAUCUCGGAGUAUGAGAUAUAAGGCUUAGUGUGUUGUUGUAUUAUUUGAAAGUUUAUGGUGCAAAUUGUGCAUUUUAUUUCUUUAAAUGUCAAUUUGUAUGUUUUCUCAAAGUUCAACACCAAAAGUGUAAUUAACUCUUUUUCAAUGAC